ACACCGGCAUGACUGACAAAGAUCACCAACGCCCAGGAAGAGCCAGUAGGAAAUGAAUGGUGUUGAGAGAGGAGUGUGCUGCUGAGAUAGAGGAGAAUCCCCAUAGCGCAACACUGCCAGCAUCGUCUCUCCUGUUCUGUCUCUCCUCCUGACGCAUCGACCUGUCCUGGAUUUUACCCAGCCGUUCCCUCAAGACUUUCCUUCUAUUAUAGCUUGUUGUUUUUCCUUCCUUUCUUUUUUUUAAAAGCUCGAAAAUGGCAACACGGAUCGACAAAGAUGCUUGCAGGGACGCGUACAACCUGGUCCGGGAUGAUAACACAGAUAUAAGCUGGGCAGCCUUUAAGUAUGAUGGGGCAACAAUUGUGCCAGCAGGACAUGGGACCGAUUAUGAAGAAUUCAAAAGCCAAUGUACAGACGACUCCCGUCUGUUUGGUUUCGUGAGGAUUACAACAGGAGAUGCCAUGAGCAAACGGGCUAAAUUCACCCUCAUCACCUGGAUCGGGGAGAAUGUGAGUGGACUUCAGAGGGCUAAGAUCAGCACGGACAAAACGCUGGUGAAAGACGUCUGUCAGAACUUUGCUAAAGAGUUCAUGGUGAGCGAUAUUCGGGAGCUGGAAGAAGACUACAUCCGAAACGAGCUGAAGAAAGCUGGUGGUGCCAACUAUGAUGCUCAGGCAGAAUAGAUUCUAGCAGAUAGGAAUGGGGUGGGGGGAUGUCAUCAAAACUGGGUGAAAGAGUAGGGUAAACUUUUCAUCUCACACACUCCUUAAACACCUACUCACACACACACACACACACACACACACACACACACACACACACACACACACACACACACACACACACACACACACACACACACACACACGUGCGCACACACAAGCACACAUUUCUGUCCUUCUUCCAAUGUGGUCAUGAUUGGUUAAUCUGCUGUACUGUGCAUCAUCUCACACUCAUCUUGAGUGCAGACCUUGUUUUUUUGUGUUUAGUUUAACAUCUAUAACUGGAGUUUAAGUCAAAGAGGAUCUUUUUGUUCUUGAUUGGACCUGACAGUAACAUUCUUGAACAAUGAAGUUUCAUUCAACUCCUGAGUUUCUUCCACAUUGUUUUUGUCAUUGUUAUUCCAUAUCUAAAUACAGACCACUGUGUUUACGGCCUUAAUCUCCCAUGGAGAGAGGUGCAUCACUUGAUGUAUGCGUUUGUCUAAACGUGUACGAGUCUGUAUGUUUGCAGACGCUGCACUGUGACUCACUCUGCUCCAGGUGAUUUUUGGGAUUUCAGACACCUUAUUUCCCUGCUAAGCAGAUUCAUUGUGCAGGCUGUGGUAUUGUUGCUCAGCCUGACUGUGGAGCAGUAAUUUCUCUGGUGUAGCCUUUCUUUUAGUCAUUAAAAUUGAAAUUAAUUCAGUUUUUCUUAAUUUGUAGUCAUUCAAAAUAUUAUGCAGCAAUUUUUUGUUUCAAACUGGAAGAUGUCAACAAAGAAAGAAAACAUGUCAUGUGCACAAACUCUAUGAAUCAUUUCAAAAUAAAAGAUUUUUUUUUUU